AUGCAAACAGAGCCACAGAACAAAAUGCGACCUUCCGAGACAGCCCCUGAGUUGCUGAUGAUGGCUGCUCGGGAGGGCGAUUCGGCACGAUUGCGUGAUCUUCUGGGCAACCACGAUGCAACUGCGACUGCAGUUCAGCUCGUUGUGCCCAUGCCUGAAGUCAUCGUCAACAUUGAGGAAAACUCCCUCGCCAUCAGCAGGGUGGACUCAAUUCUCCAUGUGGUUGCAGCUUGUGGAGACACUGCUGAGUUCCUGGAGAGCGCAAGUCUGAUCCACAGCAAGGCCAAGCACCUUCUAGGCACCGGCAAUAACAAGGGUGACACGCCCUUGCAUUGCGCAGCCGGAGCUGGGAGGAUCAAAAUGCUCUCUCACCUCAUCCAUCUGGCGAUGGCGGAUGGGGGUGGUGACGCGAAAGUGAAGGCAGUGCUGAGGAAGCAGAACAACAAAGGCGAGACGGCCCUCCAUGAGGUCCUUCGCCUGUCCGACAAGAAGAUGGUCAGGGGAAUGGUUGAGAAGCUAAUGGAGGUCGAUGCCGAAUUGGCUCGCCUCCCGAUUGCUAAUGGCACCUCGCCAUUGUACCUGGCUGUCUCGCUAGGACACGAUGAUAUUGCGGAGCUGCUGUAUUCUAAGGACAAGGCGUUGUCCUACUCUGGACCAGAUGGACAAAACGUCUUGCACGUUGCGGUUCUCAGGAGCCAAGUUGUAGGGAUGACAAAUAAGCUACUACAAUGGAACAGGGACCUCAGCAAACAAGGCGACUCACGCAACGGAAGUACGCCUCUACAUUUUGCUGCGUCAUGUGGUUUCGAUCAAGCAGUCGUAUCGUUGAUAAAUGCUGACAAAUGUUCAGCAUAUCGGCCUGACAACAAGGGGUCAUUUCCUAUACACAUAGCAAACAAGGCUUGUGUAAUUCGUGUGUUGUUGGAGAAGUGCCCCAACUGCGCAGAACUAAGGGACGCCCAGGGUAGAACCUUCCUUCAUGUUGUCAUCUGUGACAAAAAAGACACUCUAUUUCGCUAUGUUUUUGGUCUUUUUCGUGCAAGCCAUCAGGUGUGGAGGUUUGCAUCGAUCAUGGAUAAGCAGGACAAUGAAGGCAACACAGGGUUACACCUUGCUGUCCUUGCUGGGAGAGUACGGACUUUACAUUGCUUACUAUGGAACAAGGAAAUCCAGUUGAAUUUACCAAAUAAUGAUGGGAAAACUGCAUUAGAUCUUGCACUGAGCAAGAAACCCACUGGUGUUCAUUUUGGGUUGGAUUCGUGGUAUCAGAUAUACACUCUGCUAGCGGCUGCUGGUGCUAAAUAUGGUGCUCACCUUAAAGAACACGAGCCUCAACUAAAUGAGAAGGAGGAGGCAGACAAGAUCAACGGUUACAUACCAACCAUUGCCAUUGUUGCAGCACUCCUGGUAGCGGUUUCAUUCACAUGCGCUUUCUCCGUACCAGGUGGGUACCGAGCCGGUGAUGAUCAACAUAAAGCUGGCACGCCAGUGCUUUCCCAGAACUACUUUUUUUUAGGGUUCAUCAUGGCCAACAAUCUUGCAUUGCUUUGCUCUGGCCUUUCCCUUGUCAGCCUCAUGUACGCUGGACUGACCACCAUCGACCUCAGGAUACGUGCGAAAGCAUUUAUCCUCUCCAUCGUGUUCCUCAACAGCUCAGCCCGAAGCCUGACAGCCGCAUUUUCAAUUGGCAUAUACGCGGUGUUGGCUCUGGUUGACCGUACAUAUGUUGUUGUUACAAUGGCGUUUAGCACUGUCAUGCUGCUUGACAUUGGUUGGUUUGUGUACAUGGCAACUGCAGCCCAAUUCGUGCAUUUUAAUAGGCUUGGUAUGAGAGCAUGCUUGCGGUUUGCGUUUACAAUGGCAGCCACCCUUAUGGUGUCUCUCUGGCCAUAUGCAUUUACUAUCAUUUUCUUGAUAUAUUCUAGAAUCAACGGAGUCCACUAA